ACACCGGCCUCAUCUCUUGGCUGACGCCCUGUUCCCACCCGCAGAUCCUGAACCAAGCUCUCGGCACCAUGAACCCCGCCCUCAGCAUCGCUCUCCUGCUGACAGGCUUGCAGGUGGCCGGCGGCCAGAAGGUGACCAGCCUCACGGCCUGCCUGGAGGACCAGAGCCUGCGCCUGGACUGCCGCCACGAGAACACCACGACCGUGCCCAUGCAGUUCGAGUUCAGCCUGACCCGCGACGCCAAGAAGCACGUGCUGUUCGGCACCAUCCCUGAGCACACGUACCGCUCCCGCACCAACUUGACCAACAGAAGCACCCUCAAGGUCCUCUACCUGUCCGGCUUCACCUCCAGGGAUGAGGGGCUGUACACCUGCGAGCUGUACCUUCCCGGCCAGCCCCCCACCUUCUCCAACAGGAACGUCUCUGUGCUCAGAGACAAGCUGGUCAAGUGCAGGGGCGUCGGCCUGCUGGCUCAGGACGCCUCAUGGCUGCUGCUGCUGCUGCUCUCCCUGCCUCUCCUGCAGGCCAUGGAUUUCGUCUCCCUGUGACCUGUGACCUGUGACCUGUGACCUGUCCAGACAGCUUCCUCCUCGGGGUCAGCUGACCCCUCCCCCAAUCCCUUACAUACCCGGGGGAAAUGGGGACCCCACCCUCAUAAGGAGUCCCGUGCUGCAUGCCAUCAUCUACCCACUCCCCAUGCCCCCCCAACGCCUCCCACCCUCCACACACCACUGGCUUCUCAUCCUUGCUCCAGAGCUGCUGCUGCUUCUGUGGUUUAUUCAGGGUUUUCCUUCCUUUUCUUGGGGAGUUUGUGAAACGGGAAGCCAGGUUGGGGCCCGAUGGAGAGUGAGGACAGGGGAGGGGCUGUGGGGCGGAGGGGUACCUGUGGGGGGGUCAUCCCUGCCCCGGGGACCAGAGCCUGGGAGGGGGGUGUGCUUGGGUGCAGAGCCCCCUCAGCAGCCCCGCCCGGAUGCGAGGAGAGCGCUAGGGGCACCCUCCCUGCAGCCUGAAGCUGGCCUCUUCCCACCGAGUCCAGUGGAGGCACAGAUCCUGCCCAGCAGCAGUGCUGACCGGGGUGGGAGGGGGUGAAGGGAGGGCCCCCCCUCCCCCUUCCCCUCCCCCCUCCCUCCUAAGCACGCUAAGAAGGGGCCUGCUGCCUGUCGCUGCCUCCCCAGCAGCUGAGCGGGCGGCUGUCCCAGCCCCUAAGAAUCCCAGACGCCGACCUGGAGGCAGUGAGGGGCCAGGGGAGCCCAGAGCCACGGGAUCUGGCCCGUGUUUCUCCAGGAGGCAGAGGCGUUUCCUGCCCUCCCAGCCCCAGCUGGUGCCUGAGCCUCACCCCCUGCCCCACAGCCUGCUGGGGGGGUGGGGGCAGGGGGGUGCCUGGGGCAGGCCCUGAGAAAUGGAUUUCCCUGGCACCCAGCUCCCCAUCUGCCUGACAGCUCUGCCUCGUCCAGUGACUGCAUCGUGCCACCCCCGCUUAUGACAUCUCAUUGAGGAAAAAGAAAGUUGCACAAUAAACAAACCUCUGGAA